GUUAUUAUUUUCAAAAUUAAUAUGCAUCAUUUAAAUUUUAUCCAAAAUGCUAAUUAUGGGUAUCCGCCGGGAUAGAUGCAAAUUGCCAUCCCUACCCCUCCCCCCUUUUGGAAAUUGGAUUCCCGUCGAUCACCGAACUCGGGUCAGACCAGACCAGGCAUGGCGACUGUUCCGAAUCUGUCUCUAUUUCUCUCUCCGCCGCAACCCAGGAGACGUCCACCGCUCGCUUCCCGCGGUUAUCGUCUCUCACUCGUCUUCCCUGUCACUUCACCAUCUCUACUUAGCGUUUCUCAUUUUCGUCGGAAGGGAAUGCCGGCGAUCUCUUCUCUCCCGGCGGGUUCCUUGAUUUCCGAUGCAGAACAGGUCCCGAAUCCCCCGGGAAUUGCUACCGCGUCCGGAGAUGGGGCUUCAAUUGUCAUUUCUGCUCUGUUUCUCACUGCAUUCAUUGCGUUGUCCGUUCUCACUGCCGGGGUUAUCUAUUUGGCUGUAACAGAUUUCAUUCAGAGGAGGGAAAGCGAGAAGCUUGACAGAGAAGAGGCUUCCAAGAGGAAGAAGAAGAAGGAGAAAGAGAGCAGGAGAAGGGGGAAGGUCGCGAGCAGAGCUAAAUCCGGACCUCUAGGGUUUGGACAAAAGAUUGUGGAAGAAGAUGAUGAGGACAAUUGACACUUUUCAAACAUUGAAGAUGAAGCCUCCCUUUUGAAGCUCAAUGAUAUUAUAGAAACAUGGCGAGCAUUUGUGACACAUGAAACAUUAGAAGCACAAUGUUGGUGAUUAUUUGUAAAGAUUGAUCAGGUUCUUGAGAAGCCAAUGAAGACAUUAACACAAU